UUUGGAUUUUCAGUUAAUCGGAUUUGUUCCUGCGUUGUGUGUAGUGAAGUGUAAGUUCCAGGGUCCAGGUUCCGUGAGUACACUAGGCUUAGCGCAACUUAGGUCCAAACCCCCGUCACCCAAGGACGGGGACCCAACUAGGGCCACACUUUAGGUACUCACCUCCCUGCCUUGGCAGGGGGAACUGCUUAGCUACCGGGCCCACCAUGGGCCCCAUUAACCCCGACCAACCUACUCCCGGGCCCCAUCAGGGCCCGGGGCUGCCCCAAACCAUAUUCAAUGACGUCGACAUUAACGACUUAAUUAAAUACAACCCCAACUACCUAAACAAAUUCAAGGUAGACCCGACGCGGAAGCCUAUGCGCUUCGGUCAAUCCCCAGCUUCUCCCCCGGCUAUGGCUAUGGAGGAAGAAAUUAAUGUUACGUUAAAACCCCAUGUUAAGGAGCCUCUCUCCAAGACCCCAGCCGGGCCUUCAGCCCCUAAACCUGUCCCAACUAUCACCAUGGAGCCUCACUCCGAGACUUUACCAGCCUCAUCAGAAACAGAGGAAUUUACCACCGUCCAAUCCAAGGUCCAGAAGCGUAAGCUAAAGGCCUCUAAGUCCCACGCAAACCCACCCAAAAAGGUAGGCAUUGCAGCCCCAGACUCUGUGUCCCAGCCCUCCACCUCUCAGGCGACCCCCGAAGAAGAGUCGGAAGACUCACCCAUGGGGGACCCGCCAAGGGAGAAGGUUCCUCCUUCUCUUCAUAAGAGAAUAACUCAGCUGGCAGUGUAUACUGCCUUUAUUAGACCAGCAGGGCAUCUCCUUCACGAGUGCCCGCUCGACCGCUAUAUGCAUUUAAGUCAAAUCCCAACGUCAGGCGACCAUCGCCUACUGACUAAGACUCUCCGGCAAGAGAAUGUAGGUUUUCAUACCUACGCUCUUCCCGAUGAACGCGUGCUGCGCGUAGUCAUCCGCGUGCCCGGGCUGCCAGUCCAAGAAGUCCAUAGGAUGUACCAUCCUAGGACCAAAGUUCUCUAUGAGAUGGUGCUGGUUACUCUCGACCUUACCUCCGAGGGCAAGAAAGUCCACAACAUAACAUCGAUGUGUCGCCUGACUGGGCUCAAAAUAGUCCCCUCAUAA